AUGGCGCCACCCGCGGCGGCCGGCGUCGUGGCCUCCGACGCAAAGCUGCAGGUCUUUGCCUCGCUCAACUCGGCCAAGGGCGGCGGGGCGGCUCCUGUCCACGCAUUGCUGAUUGUGGCGCCACAGAACGACUUGGUGCCGCCGGGGGGCGCGCUAGCUGGCGCCAUCGACGGGGCGGUCGUCGCGCGAGAGAUGGGCGAGGCGGCGCCGCGCAGUGCGGAGGAUGUCCUUGGCCGCAUCAACGCGUUUCGCCGCUCCGCCUCGUUCGACCUCGUCCUCCUCUCCCUUUGCCAGCGCCAGCCGGGCAGCGGCAGCCGGUGGCCGGAGCACUGCAUCGAGGGCACGCACGGGGCCGACGUCGCACAAGGCAAUUUGCGAGCCACCGCUCAGCUCCCGCCCCGCCUCGAGCGGAGUGGUGGCGAAGUCGAGGUGGCAACGCCGUCCUCCUCGUCCUUCGCGCACACGCGGCGCUGCUUCCGGGCGGUGCUGCAGCAGCUGCGGGCGCAUUGCGUCACGCAUGUGUGGCUUUGCGGCCUCGCGCCGGAUGGGGCGGUGGCGGCGGCAGCGCUGCACGCCGCGGAGGCGGGCUAUGCCGCACGCAUCCUCGCCGAUUGCACCCGCUUGUGCGGGCUCGCAAUGCACGGACACACGGACGCACGGCUACUCGAUCCGCUCUCGAUCCACCUCGUUGAGUCGGCUGCGGCCGGCGCGCUGCUACAGCACAGUUCCAUCGACGACGUCCGUGCCGUAGCCACAAAGGCGCCCGAGGCAAGCCGAUUAGUCUCUCUGCUCGAGGAGGCAGGGGAAGGCGAGGAGGCAGCGGUUGGCUCGUCCCCGCACUCGACGCUUCGGCUCGCCUCCGAGCGGCUGUGCAGAUGCCACACCUUCAUGUCCGCCGUCUCCGCAACGUAG